AUGUCCGAGAUUUAUCCUUCACUCGCGCAAUGCGCGAUUGUAGCUGGAGCAUUGAAGAUUCUGCUCUUCCCGGCCUACAAAUCUACCGAUUUCGAAGUCCACCGCAACUGGCUCGCCAUCACCAACAGCUUCCCCCUGUGGGAUUGGUACUACGAAAAGACGUCAGAAUGGACGCUCGACUACCCGCCCUUCUUCGCUUACUUCGAAUGGGUCAUGUCGCAGGUCGCGAAGCUAGUUGACCCAGCGAUGCUCAAAGUGUACAACCUCGAGUUCAUAGACUCGUCCCAUGGAGCAUCCAAACGAGCCGCGCAGGCAGCCGCCAUAUCCAUCCUACUCUCGCCGGGUCUCUUCAUCAUUGACCACAUCCACUUUCAGUACAAUGGCGCCAUGUACGGCAUCCUCAUCGCGUCCCUGGUUCUGGCCCGCAAGAAAUCGACGCUGCUCUGGAGCGGCCUUUUGUUCGCUGCGCUAUUGUGCAUGAAGCACAUUUACCUCUACCUGGCCCCGGCCUACUUCGUCUUCCUCCUGAGGGCCUACUGCCUCUCGCCCAAGUCGGUUUUCCGGAUUCAAUUCCUCAACUGCGUGAAGUUGGGUGCCGGCAUUGGAGCCAUUCUUGGCACGGCCUUCGGACCGUUUGCGCUCAAGGGACAAAUCCCCCAAAUCUUCAACCGGCUGUUCCCCUUUUCGCGUGGCCUCUGCCAUGCUUACUGGGCGCCAAAUGUGUGGGCUAUGUACUCGUUUGUCGAUCGGGUCCUCAUCGUCCUCGCGCCUCGGCUUGGCUUGUCGGUAAAAGAGGGCGCGUUGCAGAGCGUCACGCGCGGCCUGGUCGGAGACACAGCCUUUGCUGUCCUCCCCGAUGUUACGCCGCGGGUGUGCUUCGCCUUGACGCUCAUAUUCCAGGCAAUCCCGCUGCUUAAGCUCUUCGCCCAACCGACGUGGGACAACUUUAUUGGGGCUGUCACCCUCUGCGGCUAUGCUUCGUUUCUGUUUGGCUGGCACGUGCACGAGAAGGCCAUCCUCCUGGUCAUCAUCCCCUUCAGCCUCAUCGCUCUGAAAGAUCGACGAUAUCUGGGCGCAUUUCGGCCGCUGGCCGUGGCGGGCCACGUUUCCCUAUUCCCGCUGCUGUUCACGCCGGCAGAAUUCCCUCUCAAGACGGUCUACACGGUAUUUUGGCUCAUUCUUUUCUUGAUGGCCUUCGACCGCUUGGCGCCUGCAUCGAGCCGGGCUCGGUUUUUCCUCUUUGAUCGCUUCAGUACGCUCUACAUCACCAUCAGCAUCCCACUGAUUGUGUACUGCUCGCUGGGACACGGGAUUGUAUUCGGCAAGAGCUAUGAAUUUCUGCCCCUAAUGUUUACCAGCUCAUACUCCGCAAUAGGAGUCGUCGGGAGCUGGGUGGGCUUCAUGGUUGUGUAUUUCACGUCAUAG